AUGUUUCGUAAAAAAAUUGGGCUAGCAGCUCAAGUCAUUUCCGCGAGCUCAAAAUUCCAAAAAGGCGUCGCAUAUAUACCACGAGUGAACCGGUCAACAUUACUAAUAAAACAAUUACCUUCAUCACGAUACUUGGGAAAACCAGCGCCUGAAUUAGUGUCAGAUAUUUUGGAUCAAAUAUUCGAAUUAUUAACACAGCCGUCCGACGAUGAUAUUUUAUACAGUUUACAAGCUUAUCCUAAUCUAUUUAACUGUAUGCUGGUAAACAAAAAAUGGAGUCAAUCAGCAGUUAAAAUACUCUAUAGACAUCCAUGGCGACUACAUCGACUAUACACACUACGGACAACAGAUCUGGCGUAUGACCGAUGUAAACUAGUUCGUCUCUAUUUGACAAUGCUCGAUCGAGAUCAACGCCGUGUUCUGCUCGAGCAGGGGAUAAAUCUUCCGGCACCCGAACACACUCAAAUGUUUAAAUACGCCACAUAUUUACGAUGUUUAGAUUACGGAGUGAUGUUGGAAUCUGUUUGGACUAUUUACUCGCAAUCUCACUAUACCGAUGUGCCUUGUGAAACUGUGAAGUUGGUGAUAAGAGCUUUGUUGAAAUUGUUUUCGGUGCAGGCGGGAAGUUUGACUUGGUUGCGAUUUGCACCGAUGAGUUUUAGUUCUGAUGAAAUGUAUUGUGAAAUGUUGGAGGAUAAUGAAUUUAAUGCGUUGUUAAGACCUGUUGAACAUUUGGUUCUCGAGGCAAAUUUGGGUGGAUGUAAAAAGUUGUUUAAAAUAUUUGCGGCGAACUUCCGGAAUGUGCGGAAUUUAGAGUUGACUGAUCUUCCAAGAUCAAGAAAGUGGAUCGGCGACUCUUCAAUUAAAUACCAUACCGACUUCACGACCGUAAUUGAAUCACAACAUCAUUUACAAUCACUAACAUUAAAAGAAUGCUCCGGUUAUUUGAGCGCAAUCAUCGCUGCGAUUCAAUCACAAUCGCAUACAAUUUGCCAUUUAAAAUUCAUAGACUGUGAUUUUCUAGGAUGCGAACCGUGGAUCGGACUAGCGAAAUGUCGAAAACUAGUAUCAAUAGAAUUCAUUGGAUGUAUUAAUAUUUCGGGUUCUAUGGUCGCCCCGUUGAUAGAUGCCGGAUUGACGCGGUUGAAAAAAGUAGUGGUUUUGUAUAGAAUAGAUCAAAAAUCUUGCAAAGAAUUAUUGAAUUUGGCUUCCUUAUAUCCUUCUAUAUAA